UUCUGUUCUGUUCUUCGAUCCCUUCCAUUUUCAUGGAAAUGCUUCUCCUCUGAUUUCCCGGGCUUUGUCAAAAAAGAAAAAACCUCACUUUCUUCCGCCGUCCACGGUGGUCCGAUCUAAGAUCCCAUCGCCGUCGCCUAUCCGGAGCCUCCGGCGGGUAUCGGAUUCGGAUAUCUCUCAGCUCUUCUUCUACUUCUUCGUUGUUUCUUGUCUGAUUAUUCAGCGGUUUGUACUUUUCUUUCAGCCCGAUUCAUUGGUUGUUUCAAAGCCUCACGGAAUUCCGUUUCCUAAACUUUUGUCUUUCGUGUUCGAUUUGAGUACUUCGAAGUUGCGGGAGACGUUUUUACCCUGUCAAUUUAUUCGUGUUUCGAUCCUUGGACUCUAGCUGAUUUCUGUUGAAAGAUUUCUCUGUGUUGCUGUGAAGUUUUGUUUGUGAUUAUAAUUGUAUUAUAUUCAUCUUGAGAUAGACGGAGGCAAUUCGAAAGAAUUGCUUUCUGAUCUAUCUGUUGAAGCUGUGGGAACUUCAGGUUGUUGGUUGAGUUUGUUUGUGUGUGUGGAGUGGAAAUGACGUCGGGGACGAGGCUACCAACAUGGAGGGAGCGGGAGAACAACAAGAGAAGGGAGAGAAGGAGAAGAGCUAUAGCGGCUAAGAUCUUUGCUGGACUCAGGAUGUAUGGCAACUACAAGCUUCCCAAGCAUUGCGAUAACAAUGAGGUGCUUAAAGCUCUCUGCAACGAGGCAGGAUGGACCGUCGAACCUGAUGGUACCACUUAUCGUAAGGGAUGCAAACCAAUUGAACGUAUGGAUGUGGUUGGCGGAUCGGCAUCCGCAAGUCUGUACGCAUCUCACCAACCAAGUCCUUGUGCUUCAUUCAAUCCAAGCCCCGGUUCAUCUUCUUUUCCAAGCCCAGCAUCAUCCUCAUAUGUCGCUAAUAUGAAUGCUGAUGGCAAUUCACUAAUCCCAUGGCUCAAAAACCUUUCAUCUUCAUCAUCUUCGGCAUCCUCAUCUAAACUUCCCAAUCACUAUAUUCAUGGAGGUUCCAUCAGUGCACCUGUUACUCCUCCUCUGAGUUCCCCAACUGCUCGAACACCCCGACUGAGAGCCGACUGGGAGGACCAGUCUGUACUUCCGGGAUGGAGUACACACUAUAAUUCCUCCCUGCCAUCUUCUACUCCUCCAAGUCCUGGACGUCAGAUUGUUCCCAAUCCAGAAUGGUUUGCUGGCCUUAGGAUUCCUCAGGGUGGGCCCAAUUCUCCAACAUUUAGUCUUGUUUCUACUAACCCAUUUGGUUUCAAGGAAGCAGCAAUGAAUGGUGGAGGAGGAUCUCGCAUGUGGACCCCUGGUCAAAGUGGGACCUGCUCCCCUGCCAUUGCAGCAGGCUCCGAUCACACCGCAGAUAUUCCAAUGUCAGAAGUGAUCUCUGAUGAGUUCGCAUUUGGAAGCAAUGCCGCAGGAAUUGUGAAGGCAUGGGAAGGAGAACGGAUUCAUGAAGAAUGUGGUUCAGAUGACCUAGAGCUGACUCUUGGGAACUCAAGGACCAGGUAACGUGAUGGGGAUAGCACAUAUUACGAAAUAGUUACCUGCAAAUCCUGGGUGAGAGAACUGUGACAUUGGGAUCAUGAUCAAGGUGAGCGUGACUGGCUCUGCUCCCUUCCACCAUCACCAUUAUUAUUCUUUUUUCAAAUUUUAAUUUUCCCUCGUUAAGUCAUAUAUACAGAUGUUCAAGUGGUUCAAAGCCCUUUACUUUUCGAAACUGAGAUUCUACUGUUAGUGUCGUAUAUGCAUGAGUUGCUUUGUCUUCAAUCUUUGGCUCAUAAGUCAUAGAUAAAAUGCUGAAUGAGCUGUGAUAAUCCAUAAGCAACAGUGGCUGAACUUUUAUGGAUAUCCAGAGAGUGCAACUUUUUGUUUCUUCAAUGAUGUCAUUGUUGUUAUCAUUCUUUGUCCUGCACCAGUUUAAACACCUUCAACAAUUUCUCAGC